AUGUUAGUGAAAUAUUUUCUACAAAUUUUUUUGAUAAGUAUCAUAACAAAUGUGAUAAGAAUAUUUCAUUGUGUUAAUUUUAACAAUAUGUAUAUGAAUUCACAAAACAAUAUCUUGAGAACCUCUAAUAAGUUUUUUCCACAUCUUAAUAAUAUAAAUAACAAAAAAAUAAAUCAAUCAAAUUUGAACUUAUUUAUUAAGUAUCACCAUUUAUAUAUACAACAAAAAAAUAUUCAUUUUUUUAAAAAUAAUAAUCGUAUAUAUUCACAAUAUUAUAAAAAUGAACCAUUAUAUAAUACAUCAAACCCUAUAUUUAAUUAUGAAAUUUUAGAUAUAAUUAAAAUUUAUGGAAGAUUAGCUGACCAUUCUGAACACAUCUCCCAUAACAUAAGUUUAGACACAAAUAAAAAUAAAUUGAAAGUAUCCCAAGAUAAUAAAGAUUAUAAUUAUAUAAAUAAUAAUUCAAUUGAAGAAGAUGAAAAUGAUGAAUCUAAACAAAAUAUGAUAAAAUACAUUUUAAAACGAGUUAUUUAUUUUUUUCAAGGAAAAAAUAUAAAUGAUAUAAAAAAAAAAGCAUGUUGGUUUGACCACUUUUUAAAAUAUGGAGAAAUGAAUUAUGAAGGUUUUAAAAAAAAUAUUAAAAGUUUAAAAUUCAAAUGGCCAAAAGAUGCAAUAUUUCCAUCAUAUAAUAUUUUUUUAUUUGAAAAAGGACUAAGUAAAAAUUCUGAUUCUCCACAAAUUAGAACAAAAGUAGAAAAUUAUUUACAAUUACAAGAUAUAAAUGAACAUGUUUUGAAAACAUGUUUUUAUUGUUUUGGUAAUGGAAAGGAAUAUAUAACUGCUUAUGAUGUUCUUGAUACUUUUCGAGAGUGGCAUAAAAAUGAAAAAAAAAAAAAAAAUUUUAAAAAUAAUGAAAAAGAAGGCGAUUAUAUAGAUUGGUUUGUUUUUAAAAAUAAAAUCGAUUUAUGUGCAAUUAAAAUGCACGAAUCAGUAUAA